UGAUUAGUUUACCUGUCUUGUGUUUUGUGCUUUCUUAUCUAUCAUUUUGUCUUGCCACUUUAUCUGAUAUGUCUGCUUCAGCAAGAACCAAUUAAGAACUCAGUAAUUUUUACGUUAUUUUUUGCGUCAGUUUCCAUCGUAUUAAUUUCAACAGCAGUCAUGAAGCCGCGGUUCGACACAUUUGACAUAAUAUGCUCUCUCCUCGAGCUUCAGAAGCUCGUUGGAAUGCGUUUGAAUCAAGUUUAUGACAUUGAUAAUAAAACAUAUUUACUCCGGUUUCAAAGAGGCGAAGAAAAGUGUGUGUUGCUGUUAGAAUCUGGAACUCGUUUCCAUAUAACUCAAUUUGAGUGGCCAAAAAAUGAUUCACCGUCUGGUUUCAGUAUGAAGUUGCGGAAACAUCUUAGAAAUAAAAGGCUCGAGGCAGUUCAUCAACUAGGAGUGGACAGAAUCGUGUCCUUUCAAUUUGGAACGGGAGAGGCAGCAUACUACGUCAUUUUAGAACUUUAUGAUCGUGGGAAUAUUCUCCUAGCUGAUAAAGAUCACGUCAUUCUCAAUAUCCUGAGAUACCAUGUCCAUGGUGAAGAUGCAAGAUUUGCAGUGCGUGAAAAGUAUCCUCUCAACCUCGCCAAACAGAGAUCAGAUCUUCCAACAGAAGAUAAACUACGUGAGAUUCUCAGAAAUAAAGAUGGAGAGAAUCUAAAAAAGGUCCUCAACCCACAUUUUGAAUAUGGGCCAACGAUCUUGGAGCAUGUCUUGUUAGAGGUCAAUCUAGCAGGUAAUAUGAAAGUAGGUAAAACGUUCAUAAUUGACCAACACCUUCCGCAGCUUCUCGAGGCUUUUUCUGCUGCUGAGAGGCUCAUCAACGAAGCGAUAAAGUCUCCUGCAAAGGGUUAUAUUAUUCAGAAGAAAGAGGAGCGUGCCUCAGGUGAAGGACCUCUUUAUACUUAUCAAGCUUUCCAUCCAUCAGUAGGAGCUGAGAAAACAGUGGCUAGACAACAUGCUGCACAGGAUGUCCGAUGGUUUGACGGUUUCAAUCCUGCUGUUGAUGAAUAUUUUUCAUCUCUGGAAACUCAAAAAAUUGACUUGAAAGCUGUUCAACAGGAGCGAGAUGCUCUCCGGAAACUGCAAAACGUACAAAGAGAUCAUGAUGAACGAGUAAGUGCUUUGGAAAAGGUCCAGUUGGAUGAUAAAUUACGAGGAGAGCUUAUAACACGUAAUCAAGCAAUUGUCGAUGCGGCUAUCAUGUUCAUCAGAAGAUGCAUUGCAGCUCAAUUGUCGUGGGACGACAUCGGCAACUACAUCAAAGAAGCAGCCGCACAGAAUGAUCCAAUAGCCUUGUUAAUAAAAGAUCUGAAGCUUAACAUCAACCAUAUAACACUGUUGCUCAGUGACCCGUAUGCUGAAGAGGAGGAAGAGAACAGUUUGAAACCCAUGUUGGUCGACAUUGAUCUUGAUCUGUCUGCUUUUGCCAAUGCGAAAAAGUAUUUUGAUGCCAAAAGGAGCGCAGCCAAGAAACAACAGAAAACUAUUGAAUCUGUUGGGAAAGCCUUGAAAUCUGCGGAGAAGAAAACAAAGCAGGCCUUGAAAGAAGUGCAAACAACAACAAAUAUUAUCAAAGCACGCAAAGUGUUUUGGUUUGAAAAGUUUUUUUGGUUUAUCUCAUCUGAAAACUACCUUGUGGUCGCUGGAAGAGAUCAGAUUCAAAAUGAAAUAAUAGUAAAGAGGUAUCUCCGUGAGAAUGAUAUCUAUGUUCACGCUGACAUAUCUGGCGCUAGUAGUGUGGUCAUAAAAAAUCCAACAUCUGAUCCGGUACCACCCAAAACGUUGAAUGAGGCUGGUGUCAUGGCAGUCUGUUACAGUGUCGCAUGGGAUGCAAAAGUCCUUACUGGUGCUUAUUGGGUUAAUGCAAAUCAGGUCAGCAAAACAGCGCCCACCGGUGAAUAUUUAACAACAGGUAGUUUCAUGAUCCGAGGAAAGAAAAAUUAUUUGCUUCCAGCUCAGCUCGCCAUGGGCUUUAGUUUCUUAUUCAAAUUAGAGGAAAGUUCUGUGUCUCGGCACAAGGAUGAAAGGAAAGUGAGGCAAAAUGAUGAACUUGAACCCAUCAAAGAAGAAGAAAAAGAUGUAGAAAUGGAAUUAGAACUUAGCGACAAUGAGCCUGCCAGUGAGAAUAUCGAUGAAGAAAAGAAAGAAGAGCUUUUCGAGUUUCCUGACACUGAGUUGCAGAUACAACAUUCUGGCUUAAAUAAAGUUAGCGUGAAAUUAAAAAACACAACUCUAACAACGAAAGAGGAUAGCGGUGAUGAAUCUAGCGACGAUGAAGAUAGUGAUUCAGAUAAAGAUGAGCAAGUUGUCUAUUUAGGAGACAAUGAGCCUGUAAUUUUGAAACCAAGUAGUAAGAAAUCCAAUUCUGCGGCAGCAUCGCAGACAAAAAGUAGUCAACCUCAAAAAAUGCAAGCGGAGAAAGACAAAGAAACAAAACCUGUACCACAAAUUAAAAGAGGUCAAAGAAGUAAAAUGAAAAAAAUAAAAGAAAAAUACAAGGACCAGGAUGAGGAAGAAAGAAAGUUGAAGAUGCUAAUUCUUCAGUCAGCCGGAACUAAAAAGGAAACAAAGAAAGACAAGAAGAAAAACAAAGAUGGAAGAAGCAAUAGGCCAAAAACAGAUGAAGUGAAACCAAAGCCUGUUCCGAAAGUAGCAGUGAAACGAGAUGGUGACGAGGAAGAGGAAGAGGUCGCUGUGAAUGAUGAUGUUAAUAUGUUGUGCUCUCUCACAGGGCAACCCCAUCCAGAGGAUGAGCUCUUAUUUGCCAUCCCUGUUAUUGCUCCGUAUGCUGCUGUAUCUAAUUACAAGUACAAAGUCAAAUUAACUCCCGGAACAGGAAAACGUGGUAAAGCAGCCAACACUGCGUUAGCUUUGUUUUUGAAAGACAAACUCGGGACCCCAAGAGAAAAAGAAUGUCUUAAAAGUGUAAAAUCACAAGAUCUCGCUAAAAAUAUUCCUGGAAAAGUCAAAGUUUCUGCACCUAAUAUUCAUAAGCAUCGUUGAUUUUUUUCUGUUCUGUGAUCUAUUUAGGUACUAUUUUCGUUUUAAGAACUGUUGAAAUUAACAAGCUUUUCAUUUGUAAAUUGUUUUUUACUCAUUACUCUCCUUAGUCUAAGACAAUUGACUUUUGAUCAUGGUUAUUGUAAAGUUUUAUUAAAUGAUCCACAAAAGCUCAA